AUGCACGAGAAUAUUCGUGAAAGUAUCCUUGAGCAUCUGGAAAAGUAUCGAUCGCUCGAUGAGUCUAUCGACAUGCAAGUGCAGCGUUUCAAGAUCAAGAAGUUGAUGCAGACGUAG